AUGGCUGUUACCGAGCUAAUGUCAGUUUGUUCAGUGGGAGGCAAUCCUGUCUCUGCAUUUCUAUCAUGGCGUCUCCAGGCCACCAAUGCGUGCGAUGUGACGCUCGUUUGGAAGUCUGGUUACGAGCAUGUGGCACAAUAUGGAAUCUCGUUCAAGUCUCCGAUAUUUGGCAACGAAAGAUUUAAGCCUCGCCAUGUUGUCCGAAACCCUGAAGACGCCGCCGGCGCUCGAGACGGCCCAUUCGAUUAUGUAGUACUGUGCGUCAAGGCGCUGCCCGACGUAUACGAUCUCGCUUCCGUCAUCGACUCGGUCGUUACUCCUCAGCAUACAUGCAUUCUCGUCAAUACAACGCAUACCCUCGGCGUGGAAGCAGCCCUGGAAGAGCGAUUCCCAACCAAUGUGGUUCUGUCACUUGUUUCUGGUGCCGAACUCACACAACUCGGCCAGAGCGAAUUUGAGCACAAGGGUCCAGCAGAUGUCUGGAUUGGUCCUGCAAACAAUACAACUAAUAUCCCACAAACGAUUCAAGAGGAUAUGGCUCAGGCUUUGGCAAUGACUUUGAGCACUGGCCAGGUGGAAUGCAAAGUCUCUUCAAAUAUUCGUCAACAACAAUACGAACGAGUGAUAGGCCCAAUUGCGUUCCAUCCGAUCAGCGUUAUCUUCGAAACCCCAAAUCAUGCCGCCCUUCUUGAGAAGGUUGGAGUUAAGGAGAUGGUCUCAGAGGUUAUUGACGAGUUACUUCGUCUAGCCGACUCUAAUGGCUGCAAAUUUGACCCCGACUUCAAGCAAAAGACUAUUGCUGAGAUGUCCAAGACACCCGGAGAGAGUAUUAUGUGGCAAGAUUACGUUGCCCGACGACCUAUGGAGGUUGAAACCUACCUGGGUUCUCCUGUCAAACUGGCUCGAGAGUCAAACAUAACCCUUCCUCGAAUUGAGACUCUAUACUCGAUUCUUCACAACCUCAACCUCGUCAACCGCACCAGACCAAAGCCGGGCGAUCCGAACGCAAAUGUCAUGCCACCUUCGUCUCCUUCUGCGGCGCCCGUGCCCAGGAUGCCCUCUCAGAACAGCCAUCGACCAAUGAUGAAUGGUCCUCCCAAUGGCAACGGAAUGCCUCCUCGCCAGCCUCGACCUCGAAAUUCUUCCAACUUCAGCCAAGGUGGAAUGCGCCGGGGUCCACCCCCGAUGAAUGGUGGCCCUCCCAAUGGCUAUGGUCGCCCUCAUCCCCCUCCUAUGAAUGGUGGUGGAUCUCGUCAGCCUUCAAGGAGAGGAUCACUCGAGGACACCAAUUUGGAAGAGUUCUCUCAUUUGGUUCUUUACGACGACAUACCUGAAGGGUCCGAGACAUCCGUUGGUGGCGGCGAACCUUCCGACAUUGCUAUGCGAGAACGAGAAUUGGCUCUGCGACAGCGAGAGAUGGCUCUACGCGAGCAAGAAAUGCGAAUGCGCCGUGGACCGCCACCACCUGGCCCCCCUGGAGGUCAUAGCGGUCCUGGCGGUCCAGGACCUCGUCGUGGGCCUCAUCCCAUGCGCAACAGCAAGCAGGUGUUUGACGAAGAUGAGGACGAUGACGAUGAAUACUUUGACCCAACUGCCAAUCCGGCUGCCCCACUGAUCGACCCAGAUAAUUUUGAUAUGAUGAGCGUAACGUCAAAGAAGAAUCGAAAGGCUCCAGGACCCACCCCUGGGCAGUUUCGAAGAAACCCCGACGACAUGCCACCCCCUGCUCGAGGCGGCCGUUUCAGACCCAACUUUGGUCGUAAUCGAUCUAGCCAAGUCGGUCACAGCUCCAUGACAACCGAGAACAUCCUCGAGGAUCCCCUCAUGAGCUGCUCUUCGGAUCGAUAUGGAUCUGUUGAUCGCGGAGCAAUGAACGCUGGUUCUCGAGCGAACUCACUGACAGCUUCAAGGCUUGACGAUAUGCAGUACGGCCCCGGUCUAGGAGGGCAUGGUGGGAUGAACGGUGCCUACCCACGACGCGCCAGUCAAUCUCCUGGAAACAAUUACACUCCAUCUAUGCGAGGCGGCAGCCGAAGAGGAUCACCACCGGGUGGUUAUGGCCCAGGUCCCGGCAUGAAUGGGCGACCAUCACCUCCUGAUGGCGUCCGUCAGCCUGUUCCUCGACACCCACCUGGCCACGGCAACUCGGUAGCGCCACAGCAAGUUGAACAACAUAUAGGGGUGAGCGCCCUCCAUCAAACUAAGCCUAGGAAUGUUCGCAGUCUGACGGGUAGUGCGAGCGCCAGCGCGGGCAGUGGUGAAUUUGACUCCGAGCAGUCCGCCAACAGUAGCCAGGGUAGCUUACCUCCACGACCGCCGAUCGGUGUGCGUUAG